UAGAACAGUCAUCUCUAGCUUCGCAAAAAACCCUCCCGUGUGCCGGAACUCGACUCGACUCGCUUCCGUCACAUUAUCUGCCUGCCAUCAUGUCUGGUGGCUCGACAUCACCACGUCCCUCCUCCAGGAAAAAGUCGUGCGACAAUUGUGUCACCUCAAAGACGCGGUGCGAUCUCGCACGCCCUGCCUGCUCGCGCUGCGACACCAGGGGGCUCCGCUGCCAUUAUCAAGCAACCCCAGCGCUCUCUCCACCAAAUCACGACCCCGGCUCUCCAGGACCGCCGCCCCAAUCCCAGGCUCUCCCGCCCACCGCCGAGAGCGUGCAGAUCGGGUCCCGCUGGCUCGACGCCCUAGUGCCCCCGCCGGACAAGACCGCGAAGCCGAUCUCGCCCCAUGCGGGGGAGCUGAUGGCGCGCGUGCUCAGAUCCUACACGCGCUGCAUGCUGCACGACGACCCGGACGCGCUCCCUCCGAUCAUCCAUCCGUACCAAGCGCACGGUGCGCUGCAGCCGGCGUUGGCAUACUGCCGGAGCUUGCUGAGGAUGUGGGAGUCCCGGGCGCCCGGCAGCGAGGGAUUGGUGCGGGACACGAUCAAGCGUGAAAUGGGGCGGCUGCAUUCUGAGUUUCGAACGUAUGACCACAUCACGCUGCUGGGCGCGUGCCAGUCGUUUCUGCUGUACUGCAUCUUCUUCUUUCUCUCGCCAGACGAGCAAAACGCACUUUGCGUGGACACAGCGACGAUCAUCCAGCUGCAAGACCUCGAGGCUGCGCUGUCGCUGACGGGCCUGCAGCCCGACAGCUCUACUGUGCCGCCGCGGUGGGAGGAGUGGAUCGUCAGCGAGGCAAAGCGGCGGACGCUCUACACGAUGUACAUGUUCGACAAUGUGUUCAACUACCGGCAUGGCACAACGUCUUUCGUUGCGAUGGAGCUGGCGACGUUGCCUGUGCCCGGCCGCAAAGCGCUGUGGCACGCUCGAUCUGCGGCUCAGUGGGACGAGGAGUACCGUCGGACUGCUGUGAACAGCAAUUUACCUGUUCUGCAAGAUCUUUGGCCGGACGAGGACGCCCAAGUGGCACAGCAGCGAAGGCAGCGGAUCGACGAGUGGUUAGCCACCGUGGAUGAAUUUGGCAUGUUUCUCUUCACUGUCACGAAUGCAAUCUACGGUGUGAACCUCUAGGUGUGUCUACUGUGUCUACUCCAUCUUCUCACGCCCACCAUAUAUCAUUCGCGUGAAAGGCCUGUGAUAUUCAACCAUCAGCUCUCGUGUCGGGAUCACGUGGAACGUCGAUAACUCACUCCUCGAAACGCAACGCAACGGCAUACGUGAUAUGCACGUACAGCGCGAGCAACAAACCCGCCGGCCGCUCAUACCUGCGGCACGCCGCUGAUCAAUCACAGCUACGGAUCCACCCAACCGACGCACCACAGUGCCGCGCCUACAAAACAGAGCGUGGCGCCAACAUACAUUGGAUUGUCGAGGACAUUGUACGGGAAGCCGGUCACGCGCUUGGUCUGCAGGAUUCCGAAAUAGUCGCCGCAGAAUGUGCCGUAGAAGCCCAGGCGCAGGUACGAGGCGCCCACGAGCGCGUUGCCGAGCCCAAAGAGACACCAGGCGAGCAGGGUCUGGACUGCGUAUGGGAGAGGGUACCGGGGCUGGUCGUGGAUGGCGAUCCGAUACCUGCGAUAUGCUCAAUAAAAUCUGAAGAAUGGGAUCCAGAGUAGCGUAGCAUAGUAACCGUACAGGACGUCCCGCAAUAAGCCCGCCACAAAAAUCGAAAUGCCGAGUACGGUGCUCGAGAUGCGUGCCCCAAAUCGUCUACUCAGUGUUCGAUUCUUGUAUUCUAUUUUUUUUUUCAACCAGAUGUCGAGAUCUGAACAAACCACCACAAAGCAACUGACCGUUCCGACCGAUGAUGUUCCACAGAAGCGGAUUGGCGGCGAUGGAGAGCAGGCUGAUAUAGAGAGACCGGCGCGAGAAAUCGAUCCAGUGCGAAACAGAUACUGUAAUGAAGGAGACUGUCGGUGCAGACAUGCCGGGAGAGAGUGCGAACAGCGACUUGUGAGCGACACGCACACGCACGCAUGUCUGCCGUGACAGCCAUGGGAAGGAUGUCGUCCCGGAUCACCGUGGUGAUGGGGCGUACGCAGGCCAUGCACGCCAGGGAUUUACGGCCUCAGUCUCGACCCUAGAACUUAAUUUUUGAGGGUAAACGCUGAUCGGAGAUUCUUGCUACGGUGACAACCCACGUCCACAAAGUUUAUGAUAUGGAAG